GAAAAUUCGGACCGAUCAUUCUCACGUGACGUCAGAUGCUAAUGAACGUAGCUUCCCUGUUAGCUUAGCUUGAGCCUGUGAGCGUCGAUGUUGUCGUUUCAAAUGCUUUUACCAGUUGAACAGUUUAAUUAAUCUGUAUUUGAAUUAAACUACCAUAACCUCCGGUGAUGGGAAUCUCGUCCAGGAUGAUUCCCACCGAGGACGCCUCCGCCCGGAAACGGGAGAUAGAAGAGAAGCUGAAGCAGGAACAAGAGACACUAUCCUUCGUCAAGGAAAGCCUGGAGAAGAGUGAUCAGCUGACCAAGGGCAUGGUCUCCAUCCUGUCGUCCUUUGAGAGUCGUCUGAUGCAGCUGGAAAACUCCAUCAUCCCCGUCCACAAGCAGACGGAGAACCUGCAGCGGCUGCAGGAGAACGUGGACAAGACCCUGUCCUGUAUGGACCAUGUCAUCAGCUACUACCAUGUGGCCAAGGACACAGACAGGAUCAUCAGAGAGGGACCCACGGGCCGACUGGACGAGUAUCUGUCUUGCAUUGCCAAGAUCCAGAAGGCGGUGGAGUAUUUUCAGGACAACAACCCUGACAGUCCUGAGCUGAACACCGUGAAAGCGCGUUUUGAGAAAGGUAAGGAGCUGCUGGAGGCGGAGUUUCGCAGCCUGCUGACGCGUUACAGCAAACCUGUUCCUCCAAUCCUCAUCCUGGACGCCAUCACUGUGGACGAGGAGCUGGAGGUGCAGGAGGAGGUGGUGCUGGAACAUCUACCUGAGGCCGUACUUCAGGACGUCAUCUGCAUCGCCGGCUGGCUGGUGGAGUACGGACGCAACCAGGAUUUUAUGAACGUCUACUUCCAGAUUCGCUCUAAUCAGCUGGAUCGAUCCAUCAAAGGUCUGAAGGAUCACUUCCGUAAGAACAGCGCCUCCUCUGGGAUCCUCUACUCACCGGCAGUCCAAACUAAACGCAAGGACACACCCACUAAGAAGGCUCCAAAGAGACCAGUCUACAUCCCAGGGACUAUUCGAAAGGCUCAGAACCUUCUGAAACAGUACUCACAGCAUGGGCUGGAUGGGAAAAAGGGGGGUUCUAACCUCACCCCACUGGAAGGUUACGAUUACGACCUGCGGGUCAAACACCUGUCUGACGCCCUGACAGAGAAGCACGGGGCAGCACCAGGGAAGGACGACGUCCUGGACAUCGAGAUCGACUCCUACAUCCACUGCAUCAGUGCCUUUGUGAAGCUGGCUCAGAGUGAAUACGCCCUGCUGACAGAAAUCAUCCCUGAACAUCACCAGAAGAAAACCUUCGACUCUCUCAUCCAGGAGGCGCUGGACAACCUGAUGCUGGAGGGAGACAACAUCGUGUCGGCGGCUCGUCGAGCCAUCAUGCGUCACGACUACUCUGCUGUUCUCACCAUCUUUCCCAUCCUGAGGCAUCUGAAGCUGAACAAGUCUGAGUUUGACACCACCCUGCAGGGGACAGCAGCGAGCACCAAGAACAAGCUGCCUACACUCAUCACCUCCAUGGAGACCAUCGGAGCUAAAGCUCUGGAGGAGUUUGCAGACAGCAUCAAGAACAACCCGGAUAAAGAAUACAACAUGCCUAAAGAUGGAACGGUCCAUGAGCUGACCAGCAACGCCAUCCUGUUCCUGCAGCAGCUGCUGGACUUCCAUGAGACGGCAGGAGCCAUGUUGGCCUCCCAAGUUCUGGGCGACACUUACAAUAUUCCUUUAGACCCUCGAGAGAGCAGCUCAGCGUCCAGCUACACCUCUGACUUCAACAAAAGACUCCUCAGCUCCUACAUAUGUAAAGUUCUAGGGAACCUUCAGCUCAAUCUACUUAGUAAAUCCAAGGUCUAUGAGGAUUCUGCUCUCAGUGCCAUUUUCCUCCACAACAACUACAACUACAUCCUCAAGUCACUGGAGAAGUCAGAGUUAAUCCAGUUGGUGACAGUGACCCAGAAGAAAGCAGAAAGUUCCUACAGAGAACUGAUUGAGCAGCAGAUCCAGAUGUACCAGCGCAGCUGGCUGAAGGUCCUGGAGCACCUGACAGACCGGAACAUGCCGGUGUUUCAGCCUGGAUCCAAGCUAAAGGACAAAGAACGACAGGUGAUAAAAGACAAAUUCAAGGGCUUUAAUGAAGGUCUGGAGGAAGUGUGCAAGACUCAGAAAGUUUGGGCUGUCCCUGACAAGGAGCAGAGAGAUUUCAUUCGUCAGGCUCAGAAGAAGGUGGUGUCACAGGCCUACACCUACUUCCUGCACCGCUGUGCAAACGUCUCCUUCACUAAAAACCCAGAGAAGUAUCACAAAUAUCGACCUGAAGACGUGGAGGAGAUGAUUGAAAAGCUCUUCGACACGUCGGCCUGAGGUUCCCGAUCCAGUGGCCUUUUGUUUUUGUACAAAAAGUCAAAUGUGUAUUUAUGUAAAUGAUUCACGUCAACAUUUCAGUGAUAUAAAGUUAAACUGAACCUGA